UAUGACUUUAACAAGUUCAGCAGCACAAUAUGGAAUUCUUGUUUCGAUUGCUUCAAAAAAUCGUGUAGUUCCAUAUGAUUUAUUAAUGACUUCGCUUGGAAUUGGAAAUGAGAGAGAACUUGAAGAUUUUAUUAUUCAAGCUAUUUAUCAAGGAAUUAUUAAGGGAAAACUUAACGCAGUUAAUCAUUGUUUGGAAGUAAUUGAUUGGAAAGCUUCGUGUGUUGAGAAUCUUGAUAUGGAUUUUAUGACUCAAACAUUGGAGGAAUGGAGUAAGCGUUGUGGGGAUUUUGUGAAUUUGUUGUCUGGACAAGUUGAUGGGUAUGGCUUUAAAUUAACGAAAUUUUGGGUAGAUAAUUUUAGAGGGUGGUGGAUUUCAUAA